AUGAGCUUUUUGAUCUUCACUGUUGAUGAACUAAAGAACUUUGCAGCCAACAUCUUUUUCAAGUUGCCAUUUGGUGAAGUUUCGGUAUACGAGGAUAGUGGCAUCAAGCAAUUCGAAUCAAGAGCAAUAAUAAGAUGCAUGGCCCAUGAAUCUGGCAAGAAGGGAGAAGAGCUAGUGUACUGGGAUGGCAGGGAGCAGGCCAUAGUAGCCAAUUGGGUUGAUGUUGAGGACCACCAGUUUGAGCCUCCAGCAGCGAAACUUAUAUUUAAGAUGGUCAUUAAGCCAAACAAUUGCUUGGCUCCUGACCAAGGUGUGGUGGCCGAGGCUGAAGCCAAAUUAGGCAAUGUUCUUGAUGUGUAUGAGACACAGCUAGCAAAAUUUAUGUCUUUGGCAACUGACAAGUACACCAUUGCUGAUUUACUUCACCUCCCAAAUUUGCAAAGCCUUAUGGGAACGCCAGCCAAGAAGCUCAUUGAAUCGCGACCUCGUGGGAGAGCAUGGUGCUAUGAGAUCCUAGCUCGACCUGCUUGGGCCAAGGUGCUUGAGAUGAAGCAUACGGCUCAGGUCUAG